AUGAUUCCACCUGGGGACUGCUUAUAUGCCGGGAGGAAGAGAAGGAAGCCUAUCCAAAAACAAAAACAGACAGCGGCCAGCCAGAAGACCAACCCAUCUAAGAGGCACCGUGACCGUCUGAAUGCAGAGCUGGACCGGCUGGCCAGUCUCCUACCCUUCACCCCAGACAUCAUCUCCAAACUGGACAAGCUCUCAGUGCUGCGUCUCAGCGUCAGCUACCUCCGGGUCAAAAGCUUCUUUCAAGCCAUCCAGGAGAAGCCAUGCAGAAAGCACAUCAUGGAGCCACCUGUGAACCACCAAGAUACCAGGAAAGAGAGCCUGUCCAUGGGGACCCCGGGGACCAGCAGCAGCAUGGUGGAGAGUGACCUCUUACUGGAGUCCCUGACUGGGUUUGCUUUGGUGGUGAGUACAGACGGGUUGAUCUUCUACACCUCCACCUCCAUUGUUGACUACUUGGGCUUUCAUCAGACGGAUGUGAUGCACCAGAAUGUUUUUGAUUAUAUCCAUGUGGAGGAGCGGCAGGAGUUCAGAAGACAACUCCACUGGGCCAUGAACCCCGGGACCCAGGGGGCCUCCCUGGACCAGCACUCAGCCACAGGAACUGGUGAUGACUUUGUGAUGAGCAGUCUCUUCCACGCCCAGGAGCCUGAUGGUGUUCCUCUAGAGCGCACCUCCUUCCUCACUCGCUGUUUCAUUUCCCGUGUCCGUUGCUUGCUGGACAGCACCUCAGGCUUCCUGAGCAUGCAGUUCCAGGGCAGCCUGAAGUUCCUGCAGGGCCAGAAGAAGAAGACAGACUCUGGGGAGCUGCUGCCCCCCCAGCUAGCCCUGUUCUGUGUGGCCGUGCCCCUCAUGAUGCCCUUCAUCACAGAGCUGAAGAUGAAGAGCAUGACGAUCAGGAACAAGAAUAAGGGCCCCGUCAUCCCCACACCAGAUAAGCACAGUGACAAAAGGCAUCGCUCCACCAGAGGUUCAUGUGACAGCAGUGACUUACUGCUUCUGAAUUGGUCCAGCAGCUCAACCAGAGAUCCCUGCCACUACACCCCAUGGACACCCCUCUCCAAAGACGGCAUCAGGUAUAGGAACAAUGGUUACUACACCCAGGAGGAGCCCAUCAACUUCUGCCUGUCUUCCAUGGGUGGUGGGCCCAAAGCUCAGAGCGUGAAUCAUCCAUGGAACAUCGGCACCGGGCCCACCAUAAGAAAGGACCCCAGCAGCAGCUACAUACCAGGCAGACAAAGCCAGUACAACAACCUGGGGAAGUCUGGAGCUUACAGGAUGUCUCCAGGAUAUCAUGCUAAAAGACAGGAUGCCUCUCAGAACAAACUGUAUGGAGGCCUCCACAGCCCAGAAGUGGAGAGCUUCUGUGAGGACGGCAUGAAGGCAGACAACAACUACAUUGGCGGCCAUCUUGACUGUUACAAUGGCAUGGUGUUGCCUGAGACAGCCAUAAAGACAGAGCAGGAUUCUGACUCUGAGAACGGUUGCAACAUCUACAGCAUGCCCCACAACGGAGCCUGGGUGGGGAACGAGAAGCGCUACAGCAUGGGCUACUCAGAAGAACCACAGGUGAAGUCAGAGGCUGACUACUACGACCAAUACACCACCUGCCAAAGGAACAAGUCCAGCAUGAGCCCAACGCUCAACGGAUACCACAAAUACUUAUAUCCAGUGGGGAGCAGGGCUCAGAAGGAUCAUAGGAUACCUCACUCAGACCCUCUGUGUAGCAGUCAGGGAGCAAACUGUAUGGACAGCAAUGUAUAUGGGAAUGGUACUGUGGAGCAUAAAGGCUACAUGCAGCAAGACAACAAACUGAACUACAAGUUCAGGAAUCAUCUGGUCCACUCUAUAAAGAGGGAACCCAUGGACUCACCUCCUUGGUCUGACAAUGGACAUGACAUUAGACAAAUACCCCUGCAGAGAAAUAUGAUUCACAACUGUGCAUUGACUGAUAUUGUACACAAACCAAACCCAUAUAUCUACAUGCAAUGAGGUCAAUGGAAAAUCUCAUAAACCAUCUGGGCACCACCUUGCUUCUUUAUUGUAUUGAUGCAUAAUAUGGCAGGGUGGGUAGUUAUUUAUACUCAACUCAGGUAAUCAACAGUGUUACAAAGCGAAAAUAUAUGGACGCAAGGAGAAGUGUUUUUAUAAGGACUUUGUACAUAAGACACACAAGAUAAAUAUAACUUUUUUCAGAUUUACAGUACCAGUCAAAAGUUUGGACACCUACUAAUUCCAGGGUUUUUCUUUCUUUUUUACAUUGUAGAAUAAUAGUGAGGACAUCAAAACUAUGAAAGAACACAUAUGGAAUCAUGUAGUAACCAAAAAAGUGUUAAACAAAUCAAAAUAGAUUUUAGAUUUUAGAUUCUUCAAAGUAGCCACCCUUUGCCUUGAUGACAGCUUUGCACACUCUUGGCAUUCUCUCAACCAGCUUCAUGAGGUAGUCACCUGGAUUGCAUUUCAAUUAACAGGUGUUGCUUGUUAAAAGUGAAUUUAAUUAAUUAUUCUUUGAUAGGUUGAAUUCAUGUAUUAUUUUAACAGUGAGUUUGUCAUUUGUGUUUUAAAGACAGUGUUAUAAAUCGAGAUUUAACAAAGCGUCACUUAACAGCUAUUUACACAGAUUAAUGUCUAAGAUGGUAUUUGAACAUAAUAAUGUCCAAAUGUAUUGCACAGCAAUACUGUUAAUUUAUGUUCGUGGUCCAUUGUUAUGUUUUUGUAAAAUUGUAGUACAUUCAAAAGAAAUGUUAGGAACUGUAGUUCUGUUUUAUGAAGCCAAUGUUUUAUUAUAUUUUGAAAAGAUUGAAAAAAAUACAGUAUGUUAAAUUAUGACAUGUUCCCUUACAUAUUCCCUAGCUGCACAGCUGCAAAAUUUAUACAGCAUUCCAUUAUGCCGUUUUUAAAAUAAAUAAAAAAUCUGUAAAUUAAUUUAUUUCUUUCAAAACUAUUCUACAAAUUGUAAUAAUUUAAUUGCAGACUUGUUUCUAAACAACUUUUGGUAACACUUUUUAUUGUGUAUUUUUUAUUACUGGUCUGAAAAUUGACCAGCCCUUCUGGCAUUUGCCCAGAUGGCCAGUCCA